UUCAGUUUACUAAAAAUCUUAAAAAAUGGCUCCUCAUUGGGAAGGCAAGAAAUACAAAAUGGUAAAAUCCGAAAAUUUUGACGAGUACAUGAAGGUAUUGGGUGUCGGAUUCGCUACUCGCAAAAUUGGCGCCGCAUGGAAGCCAUUUUUUGAAUUGAUCAAGGAGAACGACAAGCAAUACAUCAUUCGGUCGACUUCUUCGGUGAAAAAUGUGGAUUUGCCAUUUACCGUUGGUGUCGAAUUUGACGAAACGACAACGGAUGGUCGAAAUGUGAAAACAACAAUCACUUUUGAAAACGAAAAUAAAUUGGUUCAAGUUCAAAGGGGUGACGUUGACUCGACAAUUAUUCGAGAAUUCACCGAAAAAGGACUCGUUGCUACAUUAAAAGCUAAGGAUGUCGUUUGUGUUCGAACAUACGAAUUGGAUGCCUAAAAAUUUUUUUUUCAAAUUUUUGUGAUGAAAUAAAUUUUUUUCUCAAU